AUGUCGGCUCCGCGAGCAAAACCUUGGGAGGCCGGCGAUCUGGGCGCGGCAGCAGCGUCCGCAGCGACGGCGCUGACGGCGCUGGCGGCGCCGCUGGCGGCGGCGACGGUACCCGAGCGCCCGGCGGCGCUCACGUCUGAUUUCAAUACCGCCGGCACCACCGUCAACAGCUACGGCACCGGCGCCACCGGCUACGGCUCCCAGUACGGCAUGGGCGGCUACGGGCUGUCCUACGGAGGCCUCGGCCUGUCCUACGGCGGCUACGGCCUGGGGAUGUAUGGCCUGGGGAUGUACGGCGGCGGCUACAACCGCUACGGCCUGAUGUACGGCCUGGGCAUGUACGGAGGCUACGGGCUGGGGAUGUACGGCAGCGGCAUGUACGGCGCCGGUAUGGGCGGCAUGCAAGGCCCCGGCGGGUUUGGCGAAGGCACCCAGGCGACGUUCCAGCUCAUCGAAGGCAUCAUCGGCGCCGUCGGCGGCUUCGCCCAGAUGCUUGAAGCCACCUACAUGGCGACCCACUCGUCGUUCUUUACGAUGGUGUCGCUCGCCGAGCAGUUCGGCAACUUGAAGAACGCGUUGGGGCUGAUACUCGGCAUCUACGCCUUGAUCCGGUUCAUCAAGAAGAUCUGGGCCAAAUUGACGGGGCUGAACUAUGGCAUCAACGCGCUGGAGUUUGCCAAAUUCCAGCAGAAGCAGAAGAAGCUUGAGGCCGCUGCCGCCAAGUCCGGCGGCGUCGGCGGCGCCCCUAAGCGCCGCAUGUCGUUCAAGCCCCUUCUCCUUUUCCUCGCGGCGCUGAUCGGGUUCCCUUACUUGCUCUCGAAGGCGAUUCAGAAGAUCAACGAGCGCCAGGCGCAGAAGCAGCAGAUGAUGGGCAUGGGCCCCAACGGCGCCCCCUUCGACCCCAACAACUUGCAGUUCGCCAAGGCGCUCUACGAGUUCAACCCGGAAAACCCUCAGAUGGAGAUCGAAUUGAAGCCGCAAGAGCUCGUGGCCAUCUUGUCUACAAAGGACCCCAUGGGCAACGACUCCCAGUGGUGGAAGGUGCGCCUGCGGCUGGGCAAGGUCGGCUACGUGCCGCUGAACUUCUUGCAAGUGAUCGAGCGCAAGAAGGCGCCGGCAGCGUUGGCACCGGCGCCGGCUCCGUCAGCGCCUGAGCAACCCGCCGCCGCUGAGCCUGUCGACGAAAAGCUCAAGCCGUAA